AUGUGCCAACUGCGCGGCCACGGACAGUACGAGAGGUCUGAGAAGGGGCCUAGCUUGGAGGACAUCACAGAGGAAAAAGUGCGCACGCCUGGUUCGGAGGAUGAUAUGGGAGAAGAGGACGUAGAUGCUACGAGGAUUGAGUUGACGACAGGAAGCGCUGGCAAGGGGAGCAUUGUAGAGGCGUCCGACGGUAGCCCGACGCAGGAAGAGGCCGGACAGACAUAG